UCUUGUUCGUGCUUGACCGCGUUUCAUUUUUCGCGGCUGUUUGUGUUUUUAAUCUAAUUUCCUUGUUUUUCGCCACAAAAUCUUGUAGAAAUGGCUGAAAAAUUGGAAGACCUGAAUCUGCCUAUGGCUGUAGUAACAAGAAUAGUGAAAGAAGCGUUACCGGACGGCGUGGCUAUAUCAAAAGAGGCCCGAACCGGCCUCGCUAAAGCGGCAUCUGUUUUUGUGUUAUAUGUUACUUCGGCGGCGACAAAUAUAGUGAAAAACAAGAAUAAAAAGACAUUAACAGGUCAGGAUGUGCUAGAGGCCAUGAAAGAUAUAGAAUUCGAUCGAUUUGUCGAGCCUUUAACGGAAGCUUUGGAGCUAUAUAAACAAGCGAUGUCGGCGCGAAAAUCUGGCGCUGGGAAGAAGAAAGAUGAUGAAGAAGACACAGAGGUGAUCGAAGAGGAAUAAUGUGAUAUAUUAAUUGUUAGUAAUAAGUUAUUUAAGUCGUUUUGUAAUAAAUUGUUUUAAGUAUC